AUGUCUCCCACUAUGCCCGAGUCCGAGUCCAAGCCCAAAUUCCUUGCCAAGUACGCCUCUUCCCUGAACGUUUUGGACAUACUGACGAACGCUCUCUACAACGACAUCUUCUUCUUCACCCCCGUCGAUAUCCUCUCCCCUCCAACGACCGAUUCCGCUCCAUCACCCGCUAAUACACUAUUCCAUGUGCUUAAGCAAAGCUGA